AGUGCUGCGGCGCUUGGGAAUGUUUUUAAAUCAGGCGAAUGUGAUAGCUACAAAACAGCAGGGUCCUGAGGGUGCAAUAUUAUGCAGAGAUGAGAUUCGGUUGUGGCUCUAAUUCAGUCCCAUACACGCAGACCCAAAACAUUAGCGAUCUUGAUUUAAAGCGUUAUUUUAUUUUAUUCUAUGGACAGAUUCAGCUUACGAUUAUAAUAUAGAACUCUUGAUUAAUGUUGUUUUAAAACUGUUGCUGCUUAGCUGAAGUGAGAGCAGGAGAGAUGCACCGCGGGCCGAACCCGGAUUAUCACCGGGCUCCUGUGCCUCCUCCCCGGUAUGGACCUCCAGGCGCUCCCGGGGCCGGUCCUCCUUUCCCAGGCCCGUUUAACAGACCCGGUUUCCCUCCGCACUUCCCGAACCCUGUGUCCUACCCCAGAUCCAUUCCUCCUCCGGGCUUCCAGAGCUUCAGCACCGAGCCGCCUUUCCAGGCAGCAGCUCCUCCAGCACAGUUUCCUGCAGGAUGGACACUUCACCAGGACGAGCUGCAGAAUCUGGAGGUGAAGAAGAAAGCUGAAGAAUUCCUGCGCAUCCUGGAAGCUAAAGAUCGGCUCAAACCAUCCGGCGAAUCAGGAGACAAAGGCACGAGACGCCCAAGCGCAGACGGCGAAGCCGAGAGACGCAGCUCAGAGAAGCACUCGAGAGGGCGGAGUAAAAGCAGGAGCCGGAGUCGGGUGAGGAGUCGAGGGAGGAGCCGAGCGAAGAGCCGAGCUCACAGUCGAGGAAGGAGCCGAGCUCGGAGCAGGAGUCGGAGUCGGAGUCAGGGGAAAAGCCGCACCAGAGCGAAGAGCCGGCCGCGGAGUCGCAGUCGCAGUCGCAGCCGGGGGCGGAGCUUACCGAGGAGUAAAAGCCAGCCUCGGCUCCAUAAAGACCCUCAGCGCAGCGUUAAAGACGCAGCGGCUCCAUCCGUUAGCGCCAGAGUACCAGACCUCUUCCAGAACCUGAAACAGGCUCUACAGAGCAAAGAGCUGGAGAAACACCUGACUGUGGUGAAAAACACCUUCAUGAUCAACCAGACCCAGGAAGACAUGAGACUAAAGCACGAAACUCAGCCUUCACCUUCACAGAAUCUUCCAGAACUUCAGACGAGGUCGUGUUCAGAUGAAGUUCGGGUUAAAGUCGAACACGCUGCUGACUUUAACCCGAACUCCGUACUUCCUCACGAGCGAGUGGGCGGAAGCGACGGCGCGUUACCUCGAAUCUUAUCCUGGAACGAUCCAGGACAAAAACCGGAAGCGUUCCUGAAUAAAUGCGUCUUCUCCAGCAUCGAGGACGAGGAGGAGUUUCUCUACGGAGAAGAAGACGGGAGGAUGAAACCCCAAGCCGUCACCGUCCCCCUCGCCCAAACCAGACCUUCCGAAAAUCCGAUCUCGUCUCCCUAUCUCUCCAAAGCGCCCGUUCUCCAGGACCCCAAAGGCCAGGCCGUGACCUCUAGACGACCCCUGACCCCGGACGUGUCUGUCUCUGCGGAGGAGUGCGAGAGGGUGAAGAACCUGCUGAAGACCAUCGGGCUGAACCUGAGCCAGGUCGACAUCAGCAAGAUGGCCGCCAGACUGAAGCAGAAGCAGGAGGAGCAAAGAGGAGCGAGCUCGACCACGGCUCUCAGAGUGACGCUGGAGACACUGAACCGCAGUAAAGUGCAGAAGUCUGAUGACAGUCGGAGUAACCGAUCCGAAAGCAGCCAUGAGCACAGAGACACCGAGCACAGAGACAAGAGCGACGAGAGGGAGAAGGAGCGGAGAGAGAAACAGAUCCAGAAGAAGAGGAAGGAGUACCUGGUGAAGGAGCUGGAGGGGCUGCUCAAGCACGAAGGUUCGGGUGAUCUGAUCCCCGUCAUCGGUUUCUUCUGUCAGCGCUGUGAGGAGUUUUUUGGGGACCUGAGCAGCGCCGAGGGACACAAACACACCGACACACACCAGGAUCAGCAGCUUAAAGACGAUAAGAGGCAGCGAGAGCGCCGAGACCAAGACGAGCGAAGCGCCGAGAGGAAAAGACCGAGAGAAGACACGAGCCCUCACAGGACCGAGGACAAGCCCAGAGUCCAGGAGACGAAAGACGGGAAAGAGGACGACACCCAGUCGAGUAAGAACGCCAAGAAGAAAAAGAAGAAAGAGAAGAAGAUGAAAAAGAAGGACAAAAAGAAAGAGAAGAAAAAGGACAAGGCUGAGAAGAAUUAGCGUGUGUUUCUCCCGAGCGUUUAUGACUGGCUGCGUCAGGGGCGGGCGAUAUGACCGAAAUAUCAAACCACGAUACAUGACAUCACGAUGCUGAUGUUGCAAAAUGGUGCCAAAACUUAUUUUCUUUGGAAAAAAAAAGAAACAAUCAGCUUCUCUUUACUGUAAAGUGGAUUUAUUGUUACGCACAACACCACCGAAUCUCCACUACGUCUUUAUCACAGUACUGACGUCGUAUCAGCACAUCGCCCCCUGCUGCCCGUCUGUGUUUAAACAUCUUCACUGAUUCAGAAUAAAAGGAACAUUAACAGCUUUCAGAGUGAACACUUGGUGCUGGUCAAAAAGAAUAACAGUGCAAGGAAAAGUUCAGCCGGAAAUGAAAUCCACCUUCAGCUCGUUAGAUUUGUCCUGAAGCUACGAGGCUCAUUUUGCUAACAGGAGAAUCUUAUAGCCUCCAGUUUAGCCUAAAUAAAUAAAUAAAUAAAUAAAUAAACAAACAUUAUCAAAUAUGUCUUAUGAUCUACAGUUUGGGUUAAAAUAACUUGUGUAUAUUUUAUUUUUGGCUGAAAAUUUCCUUACAUUCAAUUUAAACAAGACUUUGCUGGAUUGUUUGUUUCUGCUUGUACAGUCGGCUUUUUUCAAAAUAAAACAUUUUUUAUGUUACACAUAA